AUGGAUGAUUCCGAGAGACGAACAGUGAAACGGUCUCGUUUCGACCAGACAGAGGCGGAGCCGAGACGCCCGUCUCGCUUUGACCGCCGCUCCCGAUCUCCUCCGUCUAGGCGCUCCGAAGCGCCCCGAGAGCGCAGUCCUGUUGCGCGUCCCGACGACGAUGCGAAAAAGCCUGGCGUAGAUCCCGCUGCCGCCGCUGCUGCUGCCGCCGCGAGAAUCAAUGCUCAACUACAGGCGAAACGGGGAAUUCAGCACGUCGACGUGCCCCCAAUCAAAUCCGCGUCUGGCGACGAUGACGGGCCCGCUCCUCCCCUCGGCAAAACCAAAGAAGGCGGUGUCAUCGGCGGAGAUAUGUAUGUAGCCGACGGCGACUACAUCAAGGAUAUCGAGGUCAAUGAUUUGCGCAACAAGUAUCUCAUCACGCGAAGCGCGACGCUCCGAGAGAUUAACGAGCGGACCGGUGCUGGUACAAGGACUCACGACCCCAGCGCCACCUCGAAGGAGGGCCUUGAGAAGGCUGUGGCCAUGAUCGAGGAAUUGAUACACCAAGAACUACCCAACCUGGUCGACGAGCGCCGUCUGCGUAGGCGUGAUCAAGAAACCGUCGAGCGCGACGAGUAUGGAAGGGUGGUUGGUCAAGGUGGCGCCUACGUGAAGCAUAUCCAGCACGAGACCGGUUGCCGUGUCCAGAUCAAGGGCCGCGGCUCCGGAUUCCUCGAGCAGGCGACCAACCGCGAAAGCGAGGAGGAGAUGUUUCUACAUGUAACUGGCCGCGAGAUCGAAAUGGUCCAGAAAGCUAAGGAACUGUGUGAGGAUUUGAUUGACAAUGUCAAGCAGCAGUACGAGGAGUUCAAGAGCCGACCUCCCCGCGCGUAUGGUGGUGGUGGUGGUGGCGGCGGCGGCGGCGGCGGUGGUGGUGGCCACCGUGGAGGCUAUGGCGACCAUGGCGGACACUCUCGUGGCGGUGACUCUUACCAAGGCUAUGGCCGGAAUAACAGUUACGGUAACAACAGCCACAGUAACAACCACGGUGGCCAUGGCGGCGGCCAUAACAGCCACCACGAACCCAGGUCGGCGAGCCCGAAUACUCCGACCGCGUCUGCAGCGCCUGCUGCUUCCGCGGCGGAUUAUGCUGCGCAAUACGCUCAGUACUAUGGCGGCCAAGAUCCUUAUGCAGCAUAUGGAGGCUACGCAGCGUACGUAUCCAUCGGCCCGUUCCUUCUUCGACUCGAGUUCAAGUGCUAA